AUGGGACAGCCGAGCUCAGAUUUAUUCGUCAGAUCACCCCCUGGUGAUGGCGGUAUGACCAUAUACGUUGCGGCGGGCUGGAUAGGCUUGAUUUGGUAUAUUGUUGUUCAAGUGGUGUGUGCCUUAGGGUACUUCCAAGUCUCUCCAGUUACGACUGUCACUAACCGACAGCUCCGGAAUCUCAGAUGGCGGUGGUUUUCGCGUCGACCGUCUCCCUCUCCUCUGGCCACUACUUCGGAUGCGCCCCACGUUACUGCGAUUCGCCCAGUUAAAGGUCUCGAGCCAUAUCUGUACGACUGCUUGGCUGCCACAUUUCGACAGGAUUACCCGCGCGACAAGUUGACCGUAUGCUUAUGCUUGGCGACAAGAGACGAUCCAGCAUAUCCCAUUCUACGCAAAGUUAUCGACGACUUUCCCAAUUCCGAUGCGCGUUUGUACAUUGAAGAAGAAGAUCCUUUGUUACAAGGCAAUGGCACCGACGCCUAUAUUCUUGGUCCGAACCCGAAAAUUCGAAAUAUGAGUCGGGCAUACCGCGAGGCCAAAUCUGACGAUAUCAUUUGGAUCAUUGAUUGCAAUGUUUGGAUUGGGAAGGGUGUUUGCGCUCGUAUGGUGGACAAAUUGUGUGGUUGGACAAAUACUGGCAAGAAAUACAAGUUCGUGCACCAUCUACCCAUGGUCGUGGAUGUCACUGGGGACAGAGCCUUAAAUCAGCAGGAGCCACAGAGCCUUUUGGAUGCUUCUCGUGGUGCUUUCGUCCCACAAAAUUUGAUUACAUCCUGUCACUCGGAGGAUGGAUUGUCAAAUACAAUUGGACUUGGUGGCGGUCGCCUCGAAGAGCUCUUCCUUUCUUCCUCCCAUGCAAAGUUUUACACUGCGAUCAACACCGUCCUCAUUGCGCCAUGCAUCGUAGGCAAAUCCAAUAUGUUCCGACGCGCCCAUCUUGAUUAUCUCACUGGUCCAUCACCCAACGACCUCAAUCGCCGCUUACCAGGAAUAGAUUUCUUCUCGUUCAACAUCUGCGAAGAUCAUUUGAUAGGAGACCUCCUGUGGCGGAAAAAGGUCCGAGAGGAAAAGGAACUGGGCGAAACAUGGGGCAAGCAUGCCAUGGUCUUUGGCGACCUGGCCGUACAACCCGUUGCAAAUAUGAGCAUAGGCGCGUACAUCGCACGCCGCGUGCGGUGGCUUCGCGUCCGCAAAUUCACCGUCCUCCUAGCAACCCUUGUGGAGCCGGGCACCGAGUCUUUCGUCUGUACCUUAUAUGGUGCUUGGGGUUUAACAUCAGCGCUAGCUCCGUACCUGGAGCAAAAAGGUUUCAAGCAUUCCCCGAGCCUCGGAACAUGGUCUUCUUUCUUUGUGUUCUUUUUCCUCGGCCUUGCCAGCUGGAUCUUGGUCGAUUGGACCCUGUACAUUAAGCUUCACUCAGCGAAAACUGUUGAGUUAGAUGAUGAGACACCAAAAUUUGCUCAGCCUGUUCAUCGAUCUUCUCGAACUACUACUCGCCGACCUUUUCUGCAGUGGUUCGCUGCAUGGUUGGGUCGUGAGCUGCUAGCUUUGCCUAUUUGGCUUUUGGCCUUCUACGGCGGUGUCACUGUUGUUUGGCGAGAUCGACGAUUCAAAGUCGGCUUUGAUGCCAAAGUCAGGGAGAUCAACUCUCAUUUCCCCCGUAUAUCACCGGAAUCUUCAUCUCGUACAUCUUCUACUGACUCUGUGACAGCACAGAAUAAUGGGAAGCUGCAUAAAGUUCGAUGUGAAUGA